AUGAAUAAUCUUCCAUUAGCAGAUAAAGUAACAUUUUUAAAGUGGAGCAAAUUGUAUUUCGUAGCCUUAAUUAUUCUGUUUUUGAUAACUGCUUACAUCAAUCCUUCACCUCCCUUGACUCCUCGUUAAUAGUAUCAAAUAAAAAAGUAAGAAGAUAAAAAGCUGAUGGAUUUAAUAAAAUGUUGCUCAAUAAACGGCGUAUACUCAUUCGAUAAGGAUUUUACUACAACCACUUACAAUCCCUUAUCCAUGUUUUACAACUAUGAAGAUUAAGCCUUCUACUUAGCUUAAUUUAUUAAUGAAAAAAAGAGUGAAAUUAAUACAUUUAGUAUUGCGAACUCAACCUAAUCUACAAAAGGAUAUGUAGAAAGUUAAUUGCUUUACGUUUAUUCAGAUGACUCUAAAAUCAACUAUAUUUCUAAAUCAAAUGAUGAUAAGUUAGAAUCUAAACAACUUGUUGAAAAUAUAACUGAAAAGAUAAAUAAACUAGUACCAUAACCAAAAGCUGUAUGCUAUUCUAAAAGCGUCACAAAGGGAACAAAAAAGAGUGAAAUUUUGAUCUUUGAUAAUCAGCACCAUCUCCACAUAAUGGACAAUAAAUUCGAAAAUCCUAAAAGAGAGAUUGAGUUAUCUGGAUUCGAUUAAAUCAAAAAGCUUGAAAACUUCUAAAUUGCCUCACUCUUAAAUUACUUGUUGAUUCUAGAAUCGAACAGUUCCAAAAUUCAUGUAUUCGAGAAAUAGGAUGGAAAAUUUGUCAAGACAAUUGACAUCGAAGAAGUUUCAAAAUUCGCUUCUCGAGGAGUAGAAAUCGGAUAAUAAGAAGACACCUUAAUACAUCCUAACACCAUAACCACUAAUGAAUAUGACCAGACAGUUUAUUUGUUUGGUAAGGGGUGGAAUGGAAUUUAUGGAUUCAACUUUAGAUAGAGCGAAUUAAACAUUCAGUUAGAGCUAUGA